AUGUACACCUGGUUACAGAUGGUUAAUGGCUUCAGGAUUAAGUUCGGAGCGGCGCUGCUCGCCGGCGCCUCGGAUGGAGGAGUUUCCUCCUGUUUGACUGGAGAUUUGAAGACGCCUGCAGACAUGAAGGAGCAGGCAGGAAUUAUUUGUCUGCAGCCGUUCCAGGCCGUGCCCUUUCUGAGGAUUAAGGUAUAUACGUCUCAGUGUUUGUGGACUAAUGCAUAUGAUGUUACGGUGAAUAUUCCUAGGGGAGGGGGAGGGAAAAGCCUCCCGUCUGCUGCAGCUUUAAAGCAGCAGAGUACCAAUCAGGGCAAAACACAACCCCCGGAUCCAGAACCCCCGGAUCCAGAACCCCCGGAUCCAGAACCCCCGCAUCCAGAACCCCCGGAUCCAGAACCCCCGCAUCCAGAACCCCGGGAUCCAGAACCCCCGCAUCCAGAACCCCCGGAUCCAGAACCCCCGGAUCCAGAACCCCCGCAUCCAGAACCCCCGCAUCCAGAACCCCUGGAUCCAGAACCCCUGGAUCCAGAACCCCUGCAUCCAGAACCCCUGGAUCCAGAACCCCCGGAUCCAGAACCCCCGGAUCCAGAACCCCUGCAUCCAGAACCCCUGGAAGGGAAAAGGGCAGAGACCCACUGCAGCCAUAACACCUGAAUAACAAUAAAUUUAUCCAGACUAAUUCCCAAGCUACAAUUAUAUAAGGGAGUUUUUCUUUUCUGUUUUAACUCUGUGUAUUAUUCUCAUUAUUUUAUAUCUACAGUAACUGUUUCAUAGAAAUCGUUUCAAUGUUUUGUUGUAAAAUUGUUUCCUAAUGAAUACAUUGUCA